GCGAAUAACAAAUGCCGGCGCAGUGAGGAUUGAGCUUUAUGAUUAUAGAAUAAGUCAGAAAUUGUUAAUGCUGUAGUAGGAAAAGGUAUUGUUGGAUUAUAUAUGGUUGCUAUUAUUCAGAUUUGUGAAGUUUAAAAAUUGAUUAUCGACGUACCAAGAGAAUUUCAAUAUGACAUCUCUUAAAGUUAUGCAACCAGGUUUAAAACUAUUACAAUCGGCUACAAAGAUUUUAAAUGUACCUUCAUUUCGAACCAAAUAUUAUUAUGUUAACAAAGAUGAUGAUGGAAAAACUUGGAGAGAUAUUGCUGAUGCCACAGUACAGAAGAUAUUUUUGUUAGAAAUUUUACGUGGAAUGGGAAUUACAAUGUCCCACUUAUUUAGAGAACCAGCAACGAUAAACUAUCCAUUUGAAAAAGGUCCUUUAAGUCCACGAUUUAGAGGAGAACAUGCAUUGAGAAGAUAUCCUUCAGGAGAGGAAAGAUGUAUUGCAUGUAAAUUAUGUGAAGCAAUUUGUCCGGCACAAGCUAUUACUAUUGAAGCAGAAGAAAGAGCUGAUGGUUCUAGACGAACAACAAGAUAUGAUAUAGAUAUGACCAAAUGUAUUUAUUGCGGUUUUUGUCAAGAAGCUUGUCCAGUUGAUGCAAUUGUAGAGGGUCCAAAUUUUGAAUUUUCUACAGAAACACAUGAAGAAUUGUUAUAUAAUAAAGAAAAACUUUUAAACAAUGGAGACAAGUGGGAAACUGAAAUUGCUAGUAACAUUCAUGCUGAUCAUUUAUAUCGUUAAAUAAUUUAUAAGAUGUAGUGCCAAAUUAUAUGUAGUAAAUAA